AUGCAGAAAAAUAAUAAAGAUACUAAUUCCAUAGAGAGUAUGGAAGUUCAGAACGAAAAUGAGAAAUUUGGCAUCCCUACAAAGGUACUUACAGAUACAUCAGAUGAUGAAAAUCUUGAAACCAGAGCAGCAAAAAGAAGGGUAGCCAGAAACCACAGAAACAACCCCAAUAAGGACACAAAAAUCCAAAAUAAAAAUGAGAAGGCAAGCAUAGAGGAGGCUACACAAACUACCCAAAAAAUCAAAGAAAGGUCUAAUAGCCCCCCAAUAGUACUGGACGGUAAAGAUUACGAUAACUUCCUACACAAAGUAAAACAGGACGAACUACCAUUCCAUGCCUACACAGCCAAGUGCAAAAAGUCGCACGCAUUUAUGAUCAGAGGGCUAGGAGAAGGCACGAAAAUCCCGGACUUGGAAGAAGAUAUAUUGGAGACACACGAGAUAAAACUCAGAGCAGCGUACCAAAUGACGACUAAAAACAGUGUUAGUUCCAUUAAGUAG